AUGAGCCACGCCUUCGAGCUCGCCGUCCUCGCCCACGGUGCCGUGCAUGCCGUGUGUGGCGCAGUUGCGGCGGGCGAGGAGCAUGCUGGCCGGGUGCUGGCGGGGGUUGUGGCGCGUAUGGACGCGUUGGGCAGUGCUGACAAACAUGUCCAAGUCGUUGAUGAAUCGAGGCCGAGUGUCGUGGCAGGGCUGAAGGACACCAUUACGGUUGACUUGGGCGACACCAUCACCAUCGACUUGGGCGACACCAUCACCGUUGACUUGGGCGACACCAUCACCGUUGACUUGGGCGACACCAUCAACGCCAACCUGCGCGACACCAUUACCGUCGAGCUCACCGCGUCCAUGCAGACCCACCUCAACACCUGGUCCAGCCACUCCAACGCCUCCAUCACCGCCUCAAUCGACAACCACCUCCUCGACAAUGCCCAGUCAACACGCACGCACAUCGACGGCCUCCGCGACAGGCUGGACCUCGUCAAAAUGGCUGUCGAUGGCCUGCACACUCAGGAGGACAACAUGGCCGCUGAUACUGCCACAGUGGGACAGCGAAUGGAGGUGCUGGAGAAGAAGGUAGACAACUUGACGGUCGACAUGGGAGGCUUGACCGAAACAAUCAAGCAGCAGGAGAUGGUACUCGCACGGUCGACCCAUACAAGUUUGCUGCCCCCGUCGCCGCCGUCAUCUGCAUCUCCGUCGUGUGGGCACAGUCAUGGAGAUGGUUAA